CUUUCGUUUUCGUAUAUAUGCGAUAGAGAGAGAGAAAGGAGCUACAAAAAUAAAUGCUAACGGCCAAGUAUUUAAAUCAUAAAAAAUAAAGCACAAAAAAAAUGUUCAGGAUCUAAAAAAAAAUUAUAAAAGAAGAAAUAAAAAAAGUGAAAAAAAAAUUAAAUAAAAAAAUGACUGAAUCAACAAAUGCUGGAUCUCAAGCGCCGCGCGCCAAUAACGGAAGUAGUGCGGAUGCGGGAGCAAGUAGUAACGGCAAUGCCCCCAAUACCACAGACGAUGGCCAAAAUGACGCUGCCAACACAGACGAAAUUCUGUGCCAAUCAAAGGAUGUCGAAAAGGGCGGUUCGGCAUCGACGCGACGUAGUCACCGACGGAAACAUCGCCCGUUGCUGCGUCGCAUCAUUUAUUACAUUCAAACCACGUGGAUUGGCGGGAAAUUUAACCCCAAAGCCGGUGAAAACGCAACAGAUACGGAACUCGAAGAGCUCGAAGCACCGCCCCGAUAUCGCCCAGACUCGCUGAAGGCCUUAAGCACCGCCACCCGUUUCACCGAAGACGAAAUCAAGCACAUCUACCGCGGCUUCAAAGCGGAAUGCCCAUCAGGGAUUGUGCGCGAAGACAAAUUCAAGCAUAUCUACUCACAAUUUUUCCCGACUGGAGCGAAUCCCGGUCUUUAUGCUCAUUAUGUGUUUAAUACGUUUGACAAGGAGCACACAGGAAAUCUUAGUUUUGAGAACUUCAUUCAAGGAUUAUCAAUUUUAUCACGUGGCACACUGGAGGAAAAACUGCUGUGGACCUUUUCGCUGUACGACAUAAACGGCGACGGUCGCAUAACGAGAGAAGAAAUGACUGAUAUAGUGACGGCAAUUUAUGAAUUAAUGGGCAAGGGACCGUCGGAGGCAUCCGACUCAAAUGACGACGAAAGUCGACGCGGCAGAAGUCGACAUCAUCGAGACAGCGAGAAAAAAAGUACUGAGCCAAAUAUUCCGAGUGCUGAUGACAAGAUACGAGAAAAAGUUGAUUCAAUAUUUAGUAAAAUGGACUCCAAUAAAGACGGCGUCGUAACUCGCGAAGAAUUUCUCGAGUGUUGUCGUCGCGAUCACAAUAUAUCAGCUUCCAUGGCAGUUUUUGACUCAAUGAUUUGACCAGGAAGCGCAGAGACCGGCGCCAGUUCUAAAAAAGUCGU